CUUCACUCAUCAGUGGUGAAAAUAUGGCCGGACAAUAUAUAAAUGCAUAAAUAAAUUAAUAAACAAAUAAAAGAAUUUCUGGAAAGCUUGCUUUGAUUGGAUACAAAAUUUUCCCAGCUUCUUCAACCCAUGGCUUGGCUGAUCAACAGUAGAGGACUUGCAAGCAAAGUGAAGAAUGCUGCUCGGUCGACCGCUUGUCCAAUCAAAGAGUGCGGGGCAAAUCGUGAAUGCCCGAAUUGCCAUUUUGUUAUAGAUAACAGCGAUGUUUUAUCGGAAUGGCCUGGCUUACCGAUUGGAGUGAAGUUUGAUCCAUCUGAUGGUGAACUCUUAGUACACUUAGCGGCUAAGUGUGGUGUCGGAAACUCACAGCCACACUUGCUUAUCGAUGAGCUCAUCCCUACACUUGAGGGGGAUAAUGGAAUUUGCUAUGAUCAUCCCAAAAACCUUCCUGGUGCAACGAAAGAUGGAAGCAGCAUCCACUUCUUCCAUAAAACAAUGAAUGCAUAUGCUACUGGUCAGAGGAAGCGCCGCAAGGUUGAUAGUCAGCGUAGCGUGGCUUCAGAGGAUGUCCGCUGGCACAAAACGGGUAAGACCAAGGCUAUAUUAGAAAAUGGAGUUAAGGGCUGGAAGAAGAUCAUGGUCCUUUACAAAAGUUCGAAGAAAGGUACCAAGCCAGAAAAGGUUAACUGGGUGAUGCAUCAGUAUCACCUGGGAGCUGAAGAGGAUGAGAGAGAAGGCGACUAUGUGGUGUCAAAGAUAUUCUACCAGCAGCAUAAGCAGUCAGAAAGGAACGACAACAAUGUGGUCGCUGAAGAUUCUGAUGUCAAUGCACUUCGAACUAGCCCCAGGACCCCCGUAUCCAAUCCUCCAAUUCCACCCAGACCAGGGAAAUCUGUUUGGUUUGAGGAUGUUCCUGAUGAAGCUAUGCUCCGCUCAUCUGUCAAGGAACCGGAGCUUGCCCAGGAAGCAUAUCAUGUCCCUCAACCUGAUCCUCGGUUUGAAGACAAUAUUGGGGAGCCUACCUGGCUGGCAGGCGAAUCUCAGGCUGACGAUUUGCAUAGCUUGGAUGAAACCUUGUUAUGCAAGGAGAUCUUUGGUUCAGCAUCGAAUCUCAUAUCUAACACUGACUUCAAUAGCAAUACAUACGAGGUGAAUGGAAACAGCAGCACGCCGUGUGGACUUCGUGACCUUGAGAAUAUUGGACUUGAUUCUCCUCCAGAUUUCCAGCUACCUGAUUUGCAGUUUUCUUCCCAAGACAGUUUACUUAAUUGGCUAGACAUAACUGACGAUGAAAAAGCUUCCGGGAAUGACAUUGUGCAAUCGUAGAAUCCAUUCGAAUGGCCUCUUUUUCUGCAUGCUCUUCAAGGGCAACGAGGCAACUUCAGCGCUUUAAGAUACGCAUGGAGUUUCCCCUUACCCUUUGCACUCAGCU